CCCGAGCUCGUACCGAGUCCGACUUAUGAUCUAGAGUCAAAUUGUUAAUUGGAAAUAGAUACGAAAUAAUGCAGCACAUCAAUGGUGGAUUUUAUUUUAUACGUUCUCUUUUCUUAAAAGACGAGCCAGUUUAAGAGACUUAAACGUAAAGGCCUAUUCUUCACGAGACAUUUAAGAUUAUUUGUCAUGGUUGGGGACAGGUCGUGCUGAGGGAAGUUUUCGAGUUUUACCACUUUCCUCUUAACUGCUGAACCAAAGCUAUGAGAUGGUUACUGUUUGAAGAAGGCCUUUAUAAAUGGGAUCUGUUCUAAAUGGUCUUUGGAAUACAACCCAGUUAGAUCAAUACCAGUGUCAGGAAAGGAAGGUACACUCUGGAGGAAUUAAAAUAUUAGCUGACCACCAGUUAGGGUCAUCUGUAGAUGGUGACCAGUUUCUAAAUUUAGCUGGAAGUGGUAGUAAUUUUACUGGCAUUGUCUCUGAUGAUAAUAAUCACACAUGUUCAACUGAAAGAUAUGAUUUCAAUAUGACAGACAGCUGUCAAACUAUCCCACAGACUAUCUGCGGAACAGACAAUAAAAAUGGAGAUGAAAGCAAAACUGAUACAAUGACAACACCAAUGUGCGAAGAUGAGAACAGACUAGGCGGCCCUGUAUUUGAUCCACCUCUCUAUCAACAGAGAUACAGUUUUGUGGCAGACAAACUCAACUCUCUAAAUGUACAAAGCGUUGUAGAUUUUGGAUGCGCAGAAUGUCAACUCUCCAGAUUUUUGGCUGACAUUCCAUCUGUCCAGCGGAUUGCUAUGGUAGACAUGGACAGACCGUUGCUUCAAGCACAUAAGUACAACAUAAAACCAGCCGUUUACCACUUCUUAGACAAACGAAAACAUCCACUGACCAUACAGAUAUACCACGGUGAUGCUACAGUAUUGGACACGAGGAUUAUGGGAUACGAUGCUGUCAGCAUGGUAGAGUUUGUAGAACAUUUAUAUCCAAUUGAUCUUCAAAAGGUUUGUGAUAUGGUCUUCCAUGAACUCCAACCUCGGAUUAUCAUAGUGACAACUCCCAACUUUGAAUUCAACCAGUUAUUCCCAGAUGAUGGACGGACAUUCAGACAUUAUGACCACAAAUUUGAAUGGACCAGAAAGGAGUUUCAGAGUUGGGGUAACCAACAAGCUGGUAGCCAUGGUUACACUGUCCAGUACACAGGCAUAGGGAACCCUCCCCCAGAGAGUAAUCACCUGGGCUAUUGCUCACAAGCUGCCAUUUUUGAAAGGAUUAAAGUCGAAAACAGAGUUCAGCAAAAUGAAAAGUGUGCUCAGAGUUAUACACAGAUUGCAGAAGCGGUUUAUCCUUACAAAAAUGAAGAAGAUACUAUGUCUCCUAGUGAAGCUUUAUCCAUGGAAGCACGAUACAAUAUAAGAGAGCUCAUCAAGGGAGAUAACUACCUAGAACUGGAACCGGACAAGGUUGUCAUACGUUUCAGUGAACUGCUGAGAUACAGAAAUCUGGCCAAGAUGUGCAAAAACAGCAUCACUAUUCUCAGGGACCAUUUUUUGGAUCAGAAUUUCUCCCUGACAGACGAUCAGACAGGAAUUAUUGUGUGUCUAACAGACUACUUUGAAACAGAGAAGUUCGGUGUUGACCUCUAUGAUGAGAAUGAGGAUUGGGAUUUAGAUGAGGGAGAUGGGAGUAAUGAAGUUAAGGAAGUGAUGUCAUCAAAAAGUGACAAUGUCAGUGAAAACAAGCUUCAUGAGGAAUUCUGGGAUUGAUUUAUAAUAGCAGUAUUGAAACUGUACUAUAAACUUGGAAUCCAAGGUAUUUAUAUGAAAUUGUUUCAUUUGUACCACAUCAGACCUUGUACAUGUAUUUGUGAUACAAGAUCAGUAUAAGUGAUACUAGAAAAUGCCUAGUUUUGUUAAUGUCACCAAAGACAAUGCAACUCUUGUGCUAUAUUACACAGCUGCAUAUGAGUGGAGAUUUUUUAGAACAGUUUAUCAGUUGUUGUUGUUUUUGUAGAAACUUAUUAUUUUGUUUAUAAAAUAAACGAUCUUCUGUUUUGAAAGGAAAUAUAGAAACAGAUGUUAUUCUGUGUAUUCCUCUCGGGUAAGUAUUUUAGCUCACCUGGCCAAAACGGCCAUUGUCCGUCCUACUGUCUAUCUGUGGUUAAUUUUUCAUUGAAUGUACAGAAUUACUGAAGGGUGUUUUAAUCAUAUUUGACAUGGAACAUCUUUUGGUUUAGGGGAUUUAAUUCUGUAUAAAUGAACGAUAUGGCCCUCUUUGAGGCAGAUGGGCUGGGCUUGAAGCAGAAAAUAGGAAAUCUUUCAAAGACUACACUUUAAGUAUAAAUGAAAGUCUGUUCUCUCAUUUCUCUCAGAGCCUUAAGCAAAUGUUAUUAUUGUAAUUGCUUUUUGUCUAUAAAAAAUCCAAAAUGAAAACCAUUAUCUCAUAAUGUUGGAAAAAGUUUCAACAUUUUUUCCCGCUCAGAAAAAAACUGAAAAGGUAAACAGUAGACCUGCAGGUCUCUUGUCAGUGUAACAGGCAGGUCUCUUGUCAGUGUGACAGACUAUCUGUUUUGUGGUUUUACAUGUUGUCUUUGUUGUUAAGGAUCUUUUCUUAAAACUGACAUAAUUAUGUUCAUCAAUAAAAUUGUUUUUGA